AUGAACCAAAUAGAAUCUCUAGCUUUUGAUUCGAACCACAUUCAUGAAGAAAACAAGAACGAUUAUUCGAGUAAUAAUGUAUGUGUUGGGGUAUCGAUAAGAAACAGGAGAAAAGGAUCACAAGUGUCAAUUUCCAAUGUGAGUAGUAAUCAAUCCGAUGUGGGAAAUAGCGAAGAAACUUCUAAGCUAGAGAGGAAAGCUUCGUUGCAGGAACUUAUUAAAAAAGGCGAGGAAAAAUUAUUGCAAUCACAAUGUAAAAGAGGACGAUCUAUGUCAGAUGGAGAUAUAAAAAUGAAAGAAAACGAAGAUUCAGUGGAAGUUUUCUCAAGAUUAUCAAACUCAGUAUUAGAAAAACUAGGACUUAGAGGGGAUGGUCUAAGAGAGCACUUGAGUGAGGAAGAACUAGAACAAAAAUUCACCAGUUUGGCUCUAGCUUUUACUAUAGACGCAACAACUAUAAAAGACAGAUGCGAAAGACAAAGGAGAAGUAGAGAUCAAACUGAGGCGAAUUUGUCAAAAGAAAUGGUAAAAUUCAAGGAAAAACUUGCCCUGAUGCAACCUUUAUGCAUUGAUUACGAAAAAGCCGAACUGUUGUCCAGUCUAAUGUCCCAGAUUGAUAUCAUCAUGAAAGCCACCUCAUUGGUAUCAAUUUCCGCAGAAAAAUUUGGAUCAGUUCAACAGGAAGAAAGGCUUACAGAUUCCGUGGGACUCAUAGUGAGCCAUGUCCAGAUGCUAAAACAGCAAAGAGAUUCUGCAAGAAACCAACUGCAAUACACAAAGCGUGUUCUUCAAAAUUCUUCGGAAUCUCCACCAGGCAUUCUGAUUUCGCAAAAACCUAUACUAGCCAACCCAAACCGAAAAAUAAUAUGCAGACGACGAGCGAGCAUAGCAUCGAUCUCCCAGCCGCUGCUUGACACUAGCCAGUUGCCUCCGGACAUCAAGAAAGUCCUCAAGAGAACUAGUGAACUUCCUGUCAGGUCCCCGACUUUGGGCCGAAAUCCCAGACCCAAUAGACUAGAGUUGGGAGGCGAUCUAGUUGAAAUAAAAGAAGGUUCAUUAGAGCCAAUGAACGAAUUUGAGCGAACUCCAGAAAUUGAGUUAGAGAAUGAUAUGAAAUCACCGCCCACUUCUGAUCUUCCAGAUCAUGAAGAAUUUCAACAAACUAUAGAUUUAACAAAAUUAUCAUUUAGGGAAAGACUGCAACUCAAAUUCCACAAUGCAAGAAAUAAAUUGAAAGAGAAGUACACCAAGUGGACAGACGAUGGAACGAUACACGAAAUAUACAGUUUCUGUGCUCUCAUUUGCUUCUCAUUGAGCGUAAUAAUAAUGGCAAACAUACUUAUCGAAUUUGAAUAUGCCAAAAGGGGUCUUGGAGCAUCGCACUUUUUUUGGAUUUGGCCUACGAAUGGUAACCAAAAAUUCAGCAGAACCAGACAUUGA